UUUAUCUUUAUAGAUACUAUCAUGCCUAGAUCUAGUGGAUCAAGAAUCAAGAAUAACUUAUCAGUAGCUUCUCUUGCGCUGCUCUUUGUGUCACUGGGGGCUGCUGGUACUUCUCUUGGUCUCAUUCAGGCUAACACUAGUAAUGGGGCAUCAUGUAAUUUCUUUAUUACUUAUUCUCAACUUAUAAAUGAGAGUCUGUACAAUUAUAAUGUGCCCACUUGUAAGUUGAGUAUAGCAAGUGCUACCAUUGCUACAAUAUGUCUGGCUCUGCUAACUGCCAUUGAGUUAUUCAGUGUGUUAUAUUCAAUGGAUAUCAAAACGUUGUUUGCUAAGAUUAUGCAAACUGUAUUUUUCACUGGCUCAAUUGUCACACUAUCCAUUACCACUACAGUGGUUUCAGCUGGUUGGGGAAAGACCUGCUUUACAUACUUCAACAUAACAUCCAAGCAUCCUGAUACAGACAGUGGUUUUCAUUGCGAUGGACCACAAUACACUAGCUCUGGCAGUGGGCCUUUUCCACCAAAUGGUGGAGAAUUCAUAACUGCUGCUGUAUGUGCUGGUUUUGGUGCCCUCCUAACUAUCCUAACUCUUUCAUUCUUUAUUGUCAAGCAAAGAAUCAAUAUUUAUGUGAGGCCUCAGAAUCUAAAUGUUCAAGAUGAAUUUCCAAUGACUAGCAAUGAAUUCUAACUAUAAGUCUAUGAUUAACUUAAAAUUCUGAUAAUUAGAUAAGCUGAUUUGUGAUUCCAAUACACUGCUCACAUUUUUGAUAAAAUAAAUUUAGGUACAAAUAGUCUACAAUAAA